AAACAACUAGGCGAUCCAACCUAGUAUAUAUUAAUUAGUUGACAGACAUUUACUUGCAGUGCCUUCUCAUAAUAUUGCAACAGGCACCUAAGUUAUAUUCCUACUUUAGUGCACCAAUAAUCCUUAAACAUUUAUGAUGGCUUCUGAUGACGAACAAAAGAUGGCUAUCAUCCGCAAGGCGUUCCAAAUGUUCGAUACCGGCAAAACUGGCUUCAUAGAGACAGUGAAGAUCGCCACAAUCUUGAAUACCAUGGGUCAGCUGUUCGAUGAGGGCGAAUUAAACAAUUUAAUCAGAAAAAAUGAUCCUGAUCAUGCCGGAAAGGUGAAUUUCGAUGGGUUUUGUGAUAUUGCCAUACAUUUUCUUGAGGAAGACGAUGCCGAGUCUACCCAGCAGGAGUUGAAAGAAGCUUUCAGGUUGUAUGAUAAGGAAGGUAAUGGCUAUAUUACGACUGGUACACUGAAAGAAAUUUUAAGGGCCUUAGAUGAUAAACUGACCACAAGAGAACUUGAUGGUAUUAUUGCUGAAAUCGACACUGACGGUUCCGGAACAGUCGAUUUUGAUGAAUUUAUGGAAAUGAUGACCGGAGACUAAAAAAUAGCACUCCCAAGACCAUUUAUAUUGGUAGUUUUAUUGGUAUUUUAUGCAUUUUCUCUCUAUAAUAAUUACAAAAGUGGAAUUUGCACUCUUAAAUAUUGUAUUUUUAAGAAUAAUAUUAUAUUAAUUUGUUGAUAAUUGAAACAGUAAAAAGUAAGUGUAUAUUGUCAUAUAAUCUUGACCUACAAAAAUAGUAUUUUACCCUAUUGGUUUUUAUUGAGAAAAUUUUCUUUAAAAGCGUGUUAGAAUGUUCAUCAAGAUUUAUUAUCUUCCAAUAAAGCAAAAAACCUUCA